UCUUGUAGGACUGGCUCUGGCCACCGCCACUUCCGGGUUCCGUCAUUUCAUUCUCCCGCCGAUCGGCGCUGCAAAAGCGAGCCUCUCCUAUAAGCCAGCCAGCAGCCAACCUGCCAACACUCCCUGACACUCACUCAUCUCAGAGGGAAGAGGGGGAAAGAGGCAGAGCAAAUACCUACCAAGGGAAGAACUUGGAGGAAGGGGGGGGAGAAAGAAAGAGAGAGGGGGGACAACAACAACAACAAACCCAAGCAACAAACAACGGAAGGAACCCAUCUUUUGCAAACUAUUUCAUUUUAAUUUUUUCCAUUUUUUUCACACACACCCCACUCUCCCCCUCCUCUUUUUUAAAAAAGAAGAAGCUUUAGCUUUCCCUGCAAGGGAGGGGGGAAGAAAGAAAGAGAGAGAGGGAGAGAGGGAGAGAAAAGCCCCAAACGCGGAGUUACUGAGAGAACAAGCCGAGGUUUCCAAGAGUCCUCUCCUCCUCCUCUUCCUCCUCUUCUCCUUCUUCAUCAUCAGCCAUCCUUCAUUCACUACCUUGACAUUCCAUGGCUUUGAUUGACAGCUGGAGUGGCAAAAAGCCAUGAGACACGACAGUUUGGUUACAUGUGGGCUGCUGACGGGCCGGUCGUAACCUUCCCUUUUUUGGGGAGGGCUUGGCGAUUGAUUGUUAUUAUUAUUGUUGUUGUCGUUAUUAUUAUUAUUUAAAUUAUUACUACUGUUAUUAUUUUUUAUUUUUUAUUUUAACCUAAAGGAAGAAACAUUUUUUUUUAAAGAAGAGGAAAGAGACACAGAAAUAGAGAACAGCGCGGGAAAGAAGAAGAAGAAGAGGAAGAAGAAGAAGGAAAAAAGAUCAAGAUUUCGACGUGGUUAUUUUUUUAAUUUUAAUUUUAAUUUUUUUUGCCUACUUUUUGUUGUUGUUGUUGUUGUUGUUGUUGUUCCUCUUUAUGAUCUUUUUCCACGCCUCGGAGGAGCCUCGAAGUGGGUCGGAAAGACAAGGGCAAAAGGGAGCUUUCUCCUUCUUCUUCGUCGCUCAGUCACUUUUUCUGGCUGUUGUUGCUGUUGCUGCAACUCCUCCUGGUUCUCCUUCUGCUGCUGCUGCUGCUGCUGCUGGACUGGGAUAUUAUUAAAUAGAGGACACCUUCCCGGAGUUUAUUGGAGCGCAGACUGAUGGCGCAAAGGGUAGGUCUCCAUCUCCCCCACUUACUUACCUUACUUACUUACUUACUUACCUUACGUAUAAUCCCCGCUCGGAUUUAGCAGCUUCGCUCUGCUCUUGCCUCCGAUCGCAACCUUCCCUUCUGCGAAGACCACGCGGAGCAAGCAAAGCGGAGCCAAAAAGAAGAAUUAAUAAUAAUAAUAAUAAUAAUAAUAAUACCCUGGUUUUGUGCCUGUGAGAGAGUGCGAGUGUGAGCGCGCUUGUGCGCGUCCCUGUGUGUGUGUGUGUGUGUCUGCCUCUCUCUCUUUCUCUCUCUGUCUUUCAGCCUCACUCUCUGCGUGUGUGUCUGUGAGUGUGAGUGUGUCUGCCUCUGUCUGCGAUUGUGCCCGGCUUCUUUCCUCUCUAGUCUUCCCCGCCUCCGACAGCGAGGCUUCCCUGCUCUUCUCCGGCAGAUCGGGGCUGGCAGGCAGCGGGGAAGCCGCCUUGCCUCCUCCGGCUCCUGCUGCUCCUGCUGGGCUUGUGGCUGGGGUUGCUGCUCCUGGGGUUGCUGCUGCUGCUGCUGCUGCUGUUGUGGCCCCGAGUGCCACCGCCGCUGCAGGCCAGCCUCGUUUGCUGCCGGGUCCGUCUCCCCUUUUUGACAAGGACCAGGAGGACUUUGCUCCUACAUAAUGUUCCUGUACGAUGAGCUGCCCCACUACGGCGGGAUGGACGGAGUCGGGGUCCCGGCCUCCAUGUACGGCGACCCCCACGCCCCGCGCCCGAUCCCCCCGGUCCACCACUUGAACCACGGGCCGCCCCUCCACGCCAGCCAGCACUAUGGCGCCCACGCCCCGCACCCCAACGUCAUGCCGGCCAGCAUGGGAUCCGCUGUCAACGACGCCCUGAAGCGGGACAAGGAUGCCAUCUACGGGCACCCGCUGUUCCCGCUGCUGGCCCUGGUCUUCGAGAAGUGCGAGCUGGCCACCUGCACCCCGAGGGAGCCUGGCGUGGCCGGGGGAGACGUCUGCUCCUCCGACUCCUUCAACGAGGACAUCGCCGUCUUCGCCAAACAGGUUCGGGCGGAGAAGCCCCUUUUCUCUUCAAACCCGGAGCUGGACAAUUUGAUGAUCCAAGCAAUCCAAGUCUUAAGGUUUCACCUUUUGGAAUUAGAAAAGGUUCAUGAGUUGUGUGAUAAUUUCUGCCACCGGUACAUUAGCUGUUUAAAAGGCAAAAUGCCAAUAGACCUAGUUAUUGAUGAAAGAGAUGGCAGCUCCAAAUCUGACCACGAAGAACUCUCAGGAUCAUCCACAAAUUUAGCAGAUCAUAAUCCUUCCUCUUGGAGAGACCACGAUGACGCAACCUCAACGCACUCAGCAGGGACACCAGGGCCUUCCAGUGGGGGCCAUGCUUCCCAGAGUGGAGACAACAGCAGUGAGCAAGACUGCCAGCCAAAUGAACACUUUAGGAGGAGGUGUAUAAAUAUGUCUGCAGCCACCAGAGAGUUAAUCCACCCCAUUGUGCAUAGGUGUUGGAGCUCUUAUGGGGAUGGUUUAGACAACAGUGUAGCUUCUCCCGGCACAGGGGAUGAUGAUGACCCAGACAAGGAUAAAAAACGUCAGAAGAAAAGAGGAAUUUUCCCCAAAGUAGCAACAAAUAUCAUGAGAGCGUGGCUUUUCCAACAUCUCACACAUCCCUAUCCUUCAGAGGAGCAGAAGAAACAGUUAGCCCAAGACACAGGACUUACAAUUCUACAAGUAAACAACUGGUUUAUUAAUGCCAGAAGAAGAAUAGUACAGCCUAUGAUUGACCAGUCAAAUCGAGCAGGUUUUCUUCUUGAUCCUUCAGUGAGCCAAGGAGCAGCAUAUAGUCCAGAGGGUCAGCCAAUGGGAAGCUUUGUAUUGGAUGGCCAGCAACACAUGGGAAUCCGACCUGCAGGUUUGCAAGGCAUACCAGGGGACUACAUAUCUCAGGGUGGUCCUAUGGGUAUGAGUAUGACACAGCCAAGUUACACUCCUCCCCAGAUGACCCCUCACCCUACUCAAUUAAGACAUGGACCCCCAAUCCAUUCAUAUUUGCCAAGUCACCCCCAUCACCCAGCCAUGAUGAUGCACGGAGGACCCCCUAACCAUCCUGGAAUGACCAUGUCAGCACAGAGCCCCACCAUGUUAAAUUCUGUAGACCCCAGUGUCGGUGGACAGCUUAUGGACAUCCAUGCCCAAUAGUAUAAGGGAACUCAAGGAAAGAAAAAACUAUUUUAAGACUUUUGAACUUUGACCAGACGUUGACACUUAAUACACAAUUCCAGAGAGCUGUGAUUAUUUUUUACUUUUGUCAUUUUUCAUCAACAACAGAGGACCAAUGGAAACAAGAACAUAAAUGUGAAAUCAUGGGCUCACUGAAAACAAUCUACGUCCAUGUAAAGAUCCUCUGGGGGGGAAAAGACUCCAAGAGUUAUAACUACUGUAGUAUAUAAACAUAGGAACUAAGUUAACUUGUAUAUUUCUGUUGCUCACUCCGUUAUGUUGCCUCAAAUAGUUUUAGAAGGAGAAAAAAAAUAUCCUUGUUUUCCACACUAUGUGUGUUGUUCCCAAAAGAAUGACUGUUUUGGUUCAACAGUGAAGUCACUAUCCAUGAAAGACAACAGUAUGUUUCAGACCUGUUUUGGCCAGUGAGAAAAGAACUACCCUGGAGGUGAAGAUGAAGUCUUGCUGGGUCUCUCAUCAUUCAGAAGACAGUUGGAAGAAGGCCUUGCCAUCCCCUGGUUUUGUUCCUUCAUAAAUGUGUCCUUUAGUUUCAAACAGAUCUUUAUAGUUUGUGCUUCAUAAGCCCAAGAUACUUUUGGACUCUUUUUUUUUUUAAGAGCUUGCAGGUGAAGAUUUAAAAAGACAAAGCAGGAGCUUCUUCCAGUAGUUCUGAGCCUUGGCUUGGGACAGGACAGAUCUGAAGGUUGGGCAGCUUUCCUCAACAAAAGAAGAUAUUAAUGGUCUUUGCACCAAACCUAGAACUUUUAUCAUGAACUCAGAGCUUGGGAAAAAGCAAGAGAAUACUGUAACAAACUUCGUACAGAGUUCGGUCUAUUAAUUGUUUCAUGUUAGAUAUUCUAUGUGUUUACCUCAAUUGAAAAAAGAAUGUUUUUGCUAGUAUCAGAUCUGCUGUGGAAUUGGUAUUGUAUGUCCAUGAAUUCUUCCUUUCUCAGCACGUGUUCCUCACUAGAAAAAAAUGCUGUUACCUUUAAGCUUUGUCAAAAUUUACAUUAAAAUACUUGUAUGAGGACUGUGACGUUAUGUUUUAAAAAAAAGGUGUUAAGUCACAAAAUGCGGUAAUAAAUAUUUCAUUUUUGAUUUUU